CUCAAACCUUACACCGACAGGAUUCCCAUCACAAAUUAUCGCCGAAAUGCCCUCCGUGGAACCCCCAACGCUGGCAACGCACCUCCUUACAGCGCUGCUCCCCCCAGAGCUCGCCGAUUCUAUCCAAAAGCACAUCCUGCACCCACGCUCGCCCGUCCAAAUCAUCGCGCGCAACGUCCUCGACCAAGCGCAGAAUCUUCUCGACACGGCUGCACCUCUUCUCGAGCCGCUAUUUGAUCGCGUCAUGAUCGUACUAGCAGAAAACCAAGGCCUCGUCGGCGUGAUUGCAUCGCUGGUUGUACUCGCCACUGUUGUAAUAAUUCUCAAUUGGAUUCGCCGUCUGCUCAUGUGGUGGACGCGCAUGGCUAUGCGCAUCGCGACUUGGGCUUUUCUACUUGCUCUUGCAGCGUGGAUCUGGGAGCGUGGUGUCUUUGAGAGUGCAAGGGAUAUGGCUGUCAUGGGCGGCAAGAUCGUGGGAUACCUGGCCGUUGUCAAGGAUGUUUGGCUGCAGGAGUAUGAUCGCUACGAGGCGCAACAGGGCAUGGCCGGAACCAGAGGCACGGCUUCUGGACGACGAUCGAGAUAAGCGACGUCCAUACAGAACGAAUCUAUGUGGACGGCGAAUAUACAGCAAUGGCUGCUUUGCAUACGACCCGACACUUUUGAAUACCCCCAGAAGACGGAACAUCAAGGAAAGCACCAAAAACAGAGCAUGGAUAUAUCAUGACCAUACAACAUAACACACCCAUCAGCAUCAUUCUUACGAUU